AUGCGUCUGUGUACGCUCCGCGAGCUUGACAAGGCCGAAGGCACUGUCCAACUUCACUCCGAAUCCGGAGAUGGCCACCUCAUCCUCCAUCCGAGACCGAACACGAACGAUCCCAACGAUCCACUCCGCUGGUCUAGAUGGAGAAAAUACACCUGCUUCUUUAGCGUGUGCUUCUUCGCCUUCAUGACCAACUAUGCUAUCGGUGGCCUCGCCCCAGCCUUCUAUCCACUCAGUCUGCAGUUCCAUAAAUCCACGACCCAGACGAGCGAUCUACUCCUCUGGCCUAUCCUGGCACUCGGCGUCUUCAACUUCUUCUGGGUCCCGCUCGCAAACUACAUUGGCAAGAGGCCAGUCUUUGUAUUCUCAACCUUUGUCCUUGCCGCUGCAUAUCUGUGGGGAGCACUCGCAGGCUCUUUCCAAAGUUUGCUCUGGAGUAACAUUCUCGCCGCAUUCGCCGGGUCGGCGAGCGAAGCCCUCGCCGCGUCCAUUGUCAACGAUGUAUUCUUCCUUCACGAGCGCGCGAACCUGAUGAGCUGGUAUGUGAACGCGAGUGCUGGAGGCAAUACCAUCGGUCCGUUGAUUUGUGGAUUCGUCAUCACCCAUUCGCGCUGGCGAGUACACAAAUGGCAUGCGUUCGCUCUGGUGGCGUUCAAUUUUCUGCUGGUCCUCUUCUUCGUGCCAGAGACUCGCUAUGAUCGUUCUUUUAACGAAGAAGACAUGGCUUCAGACACCACCAUCUCUCAGCGCAACUCGUCGGAGCCGAGCGCAGGAGAGGUCAAGGAAGCUCCAGAGGCAGCAGAGACGCAGGAUGGAGUAAACUUUGUCGCUACCGAUCCACAAAAGCAACAGCCAUUGCCCGUAAUCAACGCAAAUGACCCUGCUCAUUGCCACCACAGCACGGAGCAGAUACCGAAGAGGACCUUUCUACAGGACCUCAGCAUCUGGCCUGGCCUUGCUAAAGAUAUCAACCCGCUGCUCCUCUUUCUGCGCCCCCUGCCAUUCAUCUGCUACCCAGCCGUCAUCCUAGCUUUCCUCGGCUUCGCCGUCUCCCUAGCCUGGGUCGUCUGUAUCAACAUCUUGAACAGUUUCGUUCUGCAAGCACCACCGUACAACUUUAGCCCGGACAUCAACGGACUCAUCAACAUUCCCGGACUGAUCGGUAACCUCAUCGGAGCCUGGAUUGGGGGCUGGUGCUUAGACAGGUAUAGUAACUGGCAGAGCAAACGCCACGCAGGAACAUUCCAACCGGAAACCCGUCUGCACCUCCUCAUCAUCCCCGCUCUCGUCGUUCCAGCCGGCUGUCUUGUCUGGGGCUACGGCGUCGCCAAUACCCUCCAUUGGACGGCGCUCUUCUUCGCCUACGGUAUGGUUUCCGUCGGUCUCACGGCGGUCCCUACUAUGACCAUGACCUACGUCUCGGAUUCCUAUCUCCCCAUCAACGCAGACUGUCUGACGCUCGUGGUCGGGUUGAAAAACGUAGUCGCUUUUGGAAUUUUGUAUGGCGUUGUGCCUUGGGUUCAUGAGGCUGGGAAUGUGAAUGUGUUUGGAACGCAGGCGGGUGUCUAUGUCGCGAUCAUGGCGUUGGCUGUUCCGCUUGUUAUCUGGGGUGGGAGAGUGCGGCAUUGGAGUGCUGGGUGGAGGAUUAUCUUGUGA